AUGAUUUGGGGGAAACAGCAAGACAAAGCGCCCGAGGUGGUACAGCAACCCAUCCCGCGCGAGAAGCUGCCGGAUCAGCUUCAAAAGCUUGUUGACCACGACGAUGGCUUCUACGAUGACAUUUAUUCCUCCUACUCUGUUGACUCCACGGAAACUCCCUACCGAUAUGCCGGUUACGCUACUCGUCUUCGCACGAUUCUGCUCUCCGCCCACCGCUAUGUCGCCUACACCUCUGACAUCGGCGAAUCCUUCCGCCCCGUCGCGCACCCGUGGCUCGUGCGCUCCGCCUAUGGUAUUUCAUGGACGUAUUUGAUCGGCGACGUCGCGCACGAAGGAUACAAGGCCUACCUGCGCAACCGCAGCCUGCUCGCCCCGCCAUGUGAGGCCUACAAAGAUGCCAGCGACCUCUCUCCUGAACAAGUCGCCAAAGGCAUGGUGACCGGCAACCUGACCAAGCCUCUCACCUCGACAUCGACCGACACGCUCACUCCCUGGCCCACCACCGAGAUUCCCCUCAUCGAGGACUAUCGCAUGGUAAUGGCCAAGCGCGCCGUGUUCCAAAGUAUAGCCAGUAUGGGUCUGCCGGCCUUUACCAUUCAUUCCGUCGUGAAAUACUCAGGCCGGGUGUUCAAGAAAUCCUCGAACACUUUCCUCCGCACCUGGUCUCCCAUCGGACUCGGUCUGGCCGUCGUUCCCUUCCUCCCGUAUCUCUUCGACGAGCCCGUCGAAGAAGCCGUCGAGUGGGCCUUUAGCCGCGGGCUCUGGCUUUACGGCGGCGACGAAGCCGUCCGCCCCCUACCUCCGCCAAAGGCCGCCCACGUCUCUCAGGACGAAGCCACCUCCCUUAGCCACUACCUCCGCGUGCAGACGCAAAAGCACAACAAAGAGUCGCUGGGCUCCGACGCCAGCGUCUCCGACUCGGCCGCCAACCUCUCCUGGGAGGCAUACAAGGAGGAGCGCCAACGAGCGAAGGAGCAGCGCCAGCGGGAGCGCGAGCAGCACGGCCACACGGGUCCGCUCUCUUUCCUGAAGGGAUUCGUCAAGGAAAAGACGGAAUAA